CCAUGUUUGUCAAAGGGUGGCUAACUUAGCAUAUCACGUUUCUAGCUUCUACCAACCACACAUAUAUACACACAACUAUAAACAAUUACCCGAAACCCUUGUUUUCUUCUUAUCCUUAUCAGAAAUUAAACAUGAGCCAGAGAAGGGAUGAUCAUCAGACGAGCAGUUCAAAGCUGGACGUGAAGAUGAACCUGUCUCCGACGCCGCCGCAGCCGCCACCGCCGGAUUCUCCACAACCCGAGAGAGCGACGAGCAGCGCGUCAUCUUCGUCUUCGGAGACGUCGUCGGAGAUGUCGACCAACGGAUCUUGCGUGUCGUCGGAGGCCGAGCAAGAUCAGACCAGCCCGGAUCAGAGCAGCAGUAUUAGGGUUAGCCCGAUGGUGCUGGUGGGGUGCCCUCGGUGCCUGAUGUACGUCAUGCUGUCCGACACGAAUUCCAAGUGCCCCAAAUGCAAGAGCACCGUUCUUCUGGAUUUCCUUAACGAAGAGGCCGACAAGAAAACACGAUAGAAUCGCCGGUGCCGAAAGGACGAUCAAGAUAUUUACUUAAUUUUGUUUGGCACGUCGUGAUAAAUUGUGUAAUAUUUAUCUUUGUAUAAGGUUGAUUAUUGUUUACUUUUUGUAACGGUAAUUUAAUUCUUGUAC